UAUGUUUUCAUGUGACCAAUAGUGCAGUGGUGGCCUGCCUAGCUAUUCUUUCUGCAUGUUCUGUGUUUUUACUAUAUAUAUGUUCAUAAUUCACCUCCACUAUACUACUACCAAACAACAACAACAGCAAUUACUUGUUUCUUGUUUUCAAUCACUCUACUACCACCAAACAACAACAACAACAAGUACUUAGUUUCUCAUUUUCAGCAUCAUAAGCAUCUUGAAUCCUUGAUAUCUUCUAGCUUGUGCUUUAGUAGCUGCUUGGAAGCGAAACUAGCUUCUCUCAUCAUGAAGCAAAGCAUUAACUUUUAUGGAGUUCUUGUUCUUCUCUUCUUACUUGUUUCCUGCGUUACAACAACUACAAGUGGUCGUGUUCUUCUUGAAAAACAAGGUGAAGAUCAUCAUGACACCAACCUUACAAAUGGGUUAGCUAGUUCCAAUCUGCUAGAGUUAGAAGAAAAUGAUACUUGGAAGCUGAUGGGUAUGGAAGAUUGUCAUGAGAGUGGACAUGAAAAGGAGGAAGAAUGCUUGAAGAGAAGGAUGAUGGCAGAAGCUCAUUUAGAUUACAUUUACACCCAACACCAUAAGCCUUGAUUGGAAUGAAAUUAGCAUGGAAUACUCUAUUUGAUGCUGAUGUAUUGCACCACCAACUCUCCCAACAGCGAAGUAUUUUUAGGGUUUAACACCAAUGGUCUUUUACAUACCUCUAGUUUCUAGAUAGGUUUCGAAAUUACUCUAUAAAAUAUUGUAACUAGCUGCUUAAAUCAUCAUAUUAUUAUUUGGAAAUUAAAAAUGGUACUCAAUUAUUGAUUUUCCUCUUCUUUCUUUUUCUUAGAUGAUGUGAUUUUUUGGUCCCAUCACAAAUUUUUCACUGAAGUGCCGCUACCUGUUAUUACUGAAGGAAGAAAAGAAAACAACUAGAAAUUACUUCCU